UGGCAUUACACGUAUGUAUUUUGUAUGUAUCCUGUGUUACGCCUUAGUCUGUCUGUAUGAGCUAUUUGUUUUCACUUACAGGUGUUUGAUUUUAUAACAUAGGGAACAUGGCAUUUAAUGAAGAUUACCGUUCACUGGUUCGGGGUAUCGCAUGCCUGGAUUUCACAGGAAACUGCGUACCCUGCAAAUUGCUUCUUAAUGGAGACUCCGCAUUUCCUAUUCUUGUGACUCCUGCAGAAGAUGUUCUCAUAGCUGCAUCUCGGUAUGGGAAGGGUAGACUGGUGGUUUUGGCUCAUGAGUCCUAUUUGAUGAACCCCCAGUUUACAGGCUUCUUGCAGAAUGCAGUGUCCUGGCUAAGUCCAUGCCCUGGAGCAGUAAUUGGAGUCCACAACAGUUUGGAACCUCUGGCAAAGAAUCUCUCUGCUUCAGGAUGGAAUGUGCAAACAACUCCUGGUCUCACGCAGGGUCUUGGAGUCCUAUGCACUACUGGCUAUGAUGAUAAUCAAGCUAAGGAGAUAAUAUCCUUCUUGCAUGAAGGUGGAGGUCUGCUAAUUGGAGCAGAGGCCUGGCACUGGGCAAACAGCUACAGCAGUGACAAUGUUUUGCAAAUGUUUCCUGGAAACAAAAUAGUAUCAGUGUCUGGUAUUUACUUUACUGGUAAAUAUGGAGAGAAAGGAACAUUUAGUGUUAGUGAAAGUAUACCGUGGAGCCCAUUGUACACAGAUGUCAACUUUUCCCAGGAUUUGGAGCAUCUUUGUCAAGGUGUGCCCCAGUUAGACAUCAGCGGUUCAAGUGUCCCCUCAGAGCUUCUGCUUCAUGGACCUUUGGCAUUUCCAGUUGGAUUGAGCAACAGCAAUCAGUGUUUUUUUGCUGCUACAUAUUAUGGAAGAGGACGUGUGGUUGUGGGGACACAUGAAGGUUACCUAGCUAAACCAGAGCUAAAAACAUUCAUGCUGAAUGCCAUAUCAUGGCUGGGCAUAGGGAGAAAGGGAAUUAUUGGUGUUCAUCAGGAUCAGGCUUCAUUUGCUAAAAUCUUGAAGCAAGAGGGUAUCAAUUGUGAAAUAUCAAAUUUAGUUCCAGGCCUCAGUGUGUAUUGUUGUGAGUCAUACAGUGACACUGAGGCAGCAAGCAUCCAGCGGUUUGUAGCGGAGGGAGGAGGCCUCCUUAUUGCCGGCCAUGCAUGGUAUUGGUCUUAUGGAAAGUCAGGACAAAAUGUACUUACCAAUUACCCAGGAAAUAAAAUUCUGAAUAAGUUUGGAAUUAGCAUCCUUGAGAAGACUGUUCCUCAAGGUAUCUAUAAGACAUUAGACCCUGAGGGUGCUGCAAGCUGCUAUCACUUCCCCAAAGCAUUUUGCCUACUGCAGAAGGACUUAGAAAGUGGGGCAGAAAUAAAACCCCCUCUGAGCUCCUGGAUGCAGAAGCUCAGACAAGAUGCUUCCAGAUUCAUGAAGCUGCCAGCCAGCCCUCUCAUUUCUUCCCAGCAGGAAAAGUUUGCUUGUCUUGUGCGGGGAAGUGUGAUCCCCUGUGUUAGUAAAGAAUGCCCCGUGACAAGUAACUCUAAAGAGGCUUUAAUUCUUUGUUUGGCUCAGGAUGUCUGCUGCCUGAAUCUAGAGGACAAGCAGACACUGGAUGACCUUUCUUUUCAGCAUCAACCCUCAGUUACUGUGCAUAUAGAUGCUACAAAUCCAGGUGAGGAUGCAUGGAGAAGCACUGGACUUUAUCUGCCUCCUGGAAAAACAGCAGUUAUUAUGUUUCCAACAUCAGCUGUUGGGCAAGGUCUUCAGGUGCAGGUUGGCUGUCAAACAGAUGACCUAAGCUCUGCAGACAAGUUUUGUCGAGCCCCUAUGGUCGUGAACAAAAUGUGUGUUCUUGGUGAGAAGAUUAAGAUAUCUUGUGUUUGGGGUGGACUCCUGUACAUCAUUGUCAAUGCUAAGAUCAAGCUGGGAAUGAUCCCUGUUACAGUGUAUGGAGCAGAACCAGCCGCAACAUACAUAAAAGGCAAGACCAACCUCACAUGCUGGAGAGAAAACAUCCGUAAUCUCCGACCUCCAUGGGCUGAGUUAAUUGCGGAAAAUAUCAUACUGACAGUACCGUCAGAGUCAAUACGCGCAUUAGAUGACCCAGAAUCUCUAUUGUCCCUUUGGGAUACUUUUAUGGAAGCUAUAACUGAGCUUGCAGCGACUCCUAAAAAGUGUUUGCGCCCUGAGAGAAUUGUAACAGAUGUACAGAUCUCAGCUGGUUGGAUGCAUGCUGGGUACCCCAUCAUGUGCCACAUGGAAUCUGCAAAGGCAUUGACUGACCUUGAGAGCAUCAAGAAAUCAGGCCUAUGGGGACCCAUACAUGAGCUUGGUCAUAAUCAGCAGAGAGGUUAUUGGGAGUUCCCCCCACAUACCACAGAAGCCACAUGUAACCUAUGGUCUGUUUAUGUACAUGAGACCGUCCUGGGAAUCCCACGAGAUCAAGCUCAUAAUAGCCUACAGCCAAACAACAGGGAUGAACGAAUCAAAGCCUAUCUGAAAAAUGGAACUAUCUUAGACGAAUGGUCUGUGUGGACUGCACUGGAAACUUAUCUUCAGUUACAAGAGGGCUUUGGCUGGGACCCGUUUAAACGUGUUUUCUCAGAGUAUCAAACUUUCUCGAAUGUCAGCAAGGACAAAAAUGAGAAGAUGAAUCUGUGGGUGGAGACAUUCUCACGAGCAGUGAAUAGAAACCUCGUCCCGUUUUUCCAGGCCUGGGGAUGGCCUAUUGAGGAUAAAACUCGCAACAAACUGUCCUCCUUAAUUGAGUGGGAGAAUGAUCCCAUGAAGACGUACACAGCAGGAAUCAAAGCAUAAAAACAGAAGCCUAAACAGAAACAUAUCUCUAGCUAAUGCCAAUACAUUUAGUCAAUAUUCUGAUUCUUUGUAAAAUUAUACAACUGGCUAAUCAACAAGUACAAAUUGUCAAUCAACUACAUUAGUAGUACAUUUAAAAAUAAAUUGCAAAUUUUUUUUGAUUAAAAGCUAAAAAGGAAUUUAAGGUAUUCUUCAAAAUAAAAUUUUCAAUAGCAAAAAAAA